UGUCAAGUGGAAUUCAUUGCCCGAGGCGGUCAUCCCCGAUUCCGCAUCCCUGAUCAAACGAUCCGACGGGAUACAUCCCUUACCUGGCCCUGGGCAAUUAGUUCUCUAGAAAGAGAGGGUAUUGCUAUCCUCGCGACCUUGAAAGCAGAGUCGAUGUAGUAAGUAUUCGGUGGUGAUUUCAUCUAUGAAAUGAAGAUUUUUCUGCAUCGAUAGAAGUUACCUGAACUCUCAUGCCGUGUAGAUUACAUCCCCUUGAGAAAUACAAAGUUUCAUUUUCAGGGAGAAAGCUAAGACUUUGUCUUUUGUUUGCUUUGGCGAAAAAUUGCGAUUUGAAUGAGAAAUUUCUAAUUAUAUUGUUCUCCUUAAAGGUGUUAGUUGAACAGGUCAGGCGUUGGUAAAAGAAAAUUAAGUAUAAUUUAUCAUGUCAAUUUCAUUUUAAUAUAAAGUUAUAAAAUUAUUUUAAUAUAAAGUUAUUGAUAAAGGCAGUUGUUAACCGAAGAUUUUCAUUAAGAGAAAAAUAUCGUAACUAUGAUUCUUAUGAGACUGUAUUAUUAUUUACAUAAUAAAGGAAAACCAGAUGUAUUAUCUUCCAUUCAUAUUUAACGAACUGAAUUUCUGAGUUUUCAUAUUGCUUUAAAAGAAAUAAAAGUUGUCAGUCUAAUAAAUAUUGAAUGAAUGAAGCUUUUAUGAAGCAUACUUAUAAACUUACUAAAAUUAGAGCAGACGGUCUAGAGAAAUUGGUAAUCUUGAAAAUUAAUUUAAGAAUCAUUUAAACUGAUAAUUGGUUUUAGAGAAAACUAUUGUAAAUUUGGUAACAAAAUAAGUCCACAAUUAUUUGUGGAAACAAACUGAUACUGACUUUUAUAUUGUUUGAAGGAAAAAUUUUGAUAAAGCUGUAUGAGUAAGAAAUGCAAUAUACACUCUUGUUUAGCUUCAACUUAUUCUGAUACUGAAGAUUAAUAAUGAAAUACUUACAAAUGGAUUGAUUGCCGAAUAAAAAACCUAGUCAAUGUUUCUUUCAUUUUGAGGAAUAUUUUCAAUAAGCAUUCGGAAGAUUUGAUUACAGGCGUUGAAAAUAAAAUAAUAACUGAGCAUAUUUUUCUCUUUACUAUGCAAGUUGAAGUCAACGUAGAUCGAUCUCCUUUAGCAACUUUGACUUUUCCUGAAUCAAACGGGUGUCGUGGUAGUCACUUGCCUGCCGGACACAAGGCUGUUUCCGAUGACCGAAAGACAGACUUACCACCACUUCAUUCCAUCGACGCAAUUCUUGGGCUUAGAACUUGGAGAAAAAAGAGACGAAGUCCCUCGCCUUCACCCCCUAACAAAUCUCCAUGUGAUGAUCUACAAGGAGAGCCCAGUCAUCCAAGAGUGAAGAUCUUCCGACCUGCCGAAGAUAUAGAUGAUCACACAAGAGAAAAUUCAAGCAGUCCUACAGAAAACCAGCAUUCUUCACCUGUACAUGCUGACCUCUCUGGGGGUAGUAGUAAACCCGAUCCUGACAGUGGUUCAGAAGAAGGCCCUAAAAAGAAACACAGAAGGAAUAGGACGACGUUCACCACGUAUCAACUGCAUGAACUGGAGAGAGCUUUCGAGAAAUCCCACUACCCAGAUGUCUACAGCCGAGAGGAACUAGCCAUGAAAGUUAAUUUACCCGAAGUCAGAGUUCAGGUUUGGUUUCAAAACAGACGAGCUAAAUGGAGACGUCAAGAAAAACUAGAAAGUCAGAAUGCUUUGCGCUCUCUUGGUCACGUUCCAGAUUAUCCGGUAUCGGGAGGACGGCCCCAGUCUCCUAUCACCAGUUUGGCAACAGCACUGGGAUCUUGUUCUCCUCCUACCUCAGCUGUCACGCCUUCUGGUCCAAGCCAGCUGCCUCUAGACCCUUGGUCACUAACAGCUCCUCUUCUUGGAUCUUCCUUAGCUGCUGGACUGCCUGGAUUCCUUAACAGACAUCCCUCAGUGUAUCCAAGUUAUUUGACUCCAGCUGCGCCAACGGCAGCACUUACAGUUCCUUGUUCCAUUGCAGAAUUAGCCCCUGGUACACCAUCAGGGCCUCUGGAGCAUUCAGGACCCGUUAAUCUUUCUCUAGGACCAACAGAUACCAAGUCAGAAGAAUCGGGAUUAGAUCCAAGGAGCUCUAGCAUAGUAUCGCUUCGGAUGAAAGCAAAAGAGCAUGUGGAAUACCUUAGCAAGGGACUUGCCAUAAUGUGAGCAAAGCAAAUACUUCUGCGGUGUUUAAAAUCAAGCGGCUGAUAUUAAUUAAUCUCUGCUAAUAUGAACAAAUGCUGCUGAGAUGAAUUAUGCCAUUGCCAGUGAAAGUACUAAAAGAGGGUUAUUUGAACAAUUUUGUAAAAAUUGGCAUUAAUGCAACUCUUAAUUAAACUCUUGGUGUUAUACUCGAGUCACACUGAGUCAGCUGCUGAUACUUUGUAAUUUCUACUAAAUGAAGAAGUUAAAUACAUGUAUUUUGAAUGUAAAUCAUUACAUUAAUAAGCUGAAAUAUUUACUAAAGAGUUGUGUUAUCAGCAGAUCAAAAAAGCAGCUAGCUGCGCUUAUGCCUGAAAAUUUCUUGAUAUUUUCACUGAGUAACAGACAAAGUGCACUCCUUUACUAUGAAGACCCAUAUUUUGUCAAAAAAAUGGAGUGAAAAUCUGUUGAAAUUCUUCUCAUUUAAUUUCCUGGUAGGGAAAUGACUAAAAGCGAGCGAACUGAGCUAAAAAUUAAAGAGAGAAAUUGAGUAUUAAUUAUCAAAUACAAAAUAUAAAUUACU